AUGGCGGCGGCGGCGGCGGCGCUCCGGGGGCGCCGCUUCAAGUGGUCGCUGGAUCUGGGGGCGGCGCCGGGGGCGCGGCCCCGCGGAGCCGCCGAGGGCCGCGGCCCGCUCGGCUUCGCUGACCGGCAGCUGGGCGAGGGCGGCGUGCACGAGAGCGACAAGAUCCUCAUGGAGAAGCGCUGCUGGGACGUGGCUCUGGCGCCGCUGAAGCAGAUCCCCAUGAACCUGUUCAUCAUGUACAUGGCUGGCAACACCAUCUCCAUCUUCCCGGCCAUGAUGGUCUGCAUGAUGGGCUGGCGCCCGCUGCAGGCCCUCAUGUCCCUGUCUGCCACUCUGAAGGCCCUGGAGAGCUCCAGCCGGCGGGCCCUGCAGGGCCUGGUGUUCCUGGUGGGCAACGGGCUGGGGCUGGCACUGGCCCUCUACAAGUGCCAGGCCAUGGGGCUGCUGCCCACCCGCCCUUCCGACUGGCUGGCCUUUGUCACCCCCCCGCAGCGAAUGGAGUUCACUGGGGGGGGCCUGAUCUUGUGACCCCCCCGCGCCACCCACCAAUAAAGGCAAUGGCAGGAUGGUGA